ACCAAUAAAUCAAAUCCUUCUUCCCUAAGCAAAUACCGGUAUCCAGGAAUCGAUUUCAUAGGGAGAGAGAGAAAGCAAAAUGAAGAAGAAGAUACCAAUCAUGGCGUCUCUGUGUUUUCUGGUGCUCGUCUUAUCUUCUUUCCCGGAAUUAGGUCUAUCUAAAGACGACGGACAUUUUCUCGGCAUUAAAAAAGCCCUAGGCGGAAUUGAAAAUAUCAAGGGCUUUCAGAACAGCGCCGAGAUAAAAAAUCUCUGUCGUUUCGCCGUCGAAGAGCAUAACAAGAAAGAGAACACUCUUCUAGAGUUUACUAAAGUUAUUGCUGCAAAACAACAAGUCGUUGCCGGCACGAUGUACUAUCUCACCUUGGAAGCAGUUGACGGAGGAAAGAAAAAUGUAUACGAUGCAAAAGUUUGGGUGAAGCCAUGGAUGGAUUUCAAACAGUUGCAGGAAUUCAAACCAUCUUCAUCUCCAUGAACUGAUUGAUGAUGAUGAUGAUGUUGAUGAUGCCUCCUUCCAUGUGGUAUGUAACAACAUGCUUUUUAAGUUUUCGCUCUACUCUGUUUCAUAUUUGCAAGUUCUGUGUAAGAUAAUAUAAUGAAGAUGAAGUUUAUGAUGAUGAAGAUCUUAAAUAAAUAAAUCAGUUGUGUAAA